AUGGAACUACUGGAUAGGGCAAUUUUUCUUAAGUUUCACAGUCGCAUCGCUAUCAAAUACUACGAUUCCCGUUGCAGUUUGAUCGAAGUCAGCUACAGCCAGCUAUGGAACGAUAUACAACGUAUAGCAUGUUCACUAAAAGCGCAGAAUAUCGAAGGACAGUUGAUUGGCGUAAAGUUAACGCAUUGCCCAGCGCUCAUUGCUGUUCUAGGAGGUAUAAUUAUAUCGGGAAACAGUUUCAAUUGCAUCGAAGUUCAAAAGGAUGCGGCGUACUCGUCUUUAGCAAAGUACAGAGAAUGUUCAGCUUUUCUUUUCCCCGACCGAGGAUCGUUCGAAGAGUACAAUGGGCUGGAAUUAGUAUUUGGAAUGCGUGUUAUGUCCAUGCAUGUUGCACUCAUCGUCCGAUCGUUAAUGCCGGUGGGCAAUAAGGAAAUUGCCUUUGGAGUUCGUACGUCAGGUUCCACGGGGCCACCGAAAACAGUUCUUGUACCUAAAGCCUGCAUAAUGCCAAACGUUUUAGCUCUAAGCGAGCGGUUUCAGCUUAGUGAACGUGAUGUACUUUUUGUCUGUUCUCCACCAACUUUCGAUCCUUUCGUCAUUGACAUGCUGCUGGGGUUGCGUGCUGGGGCAACCCUUUUAAUGGUGCACAUCGAGGUUCGGCUUAGUCCACACCGUGUGGUGGCCCUGUUGUUUCCUGGUGUUACAUUCAUGCAGAUCACCCCAUCCUUAUUCACGAGAUGGAGUAAUCGUGACAUAACGGAAGUUAUCCUAGCUUCGCACAGUACGCUGAGAGUCCUAGUGUUUGGUGGAGAGAAAUUUCCAAUACUUCAAAUACCACCAGACAGUCGAACGGAGGUAUACAACAUUUACGGUAUAACCGAAAUUUCCUGCUGGAGUCUGAUACAAAAAGUGAGCUACGAUCAUCGAUGGAGCGACGUUCCCCUGGGCAUUCCUUUGGACAGCUCGAUCGUUCUCGAGUUGCGUUGUGUGGAAGAAAAUCAAAAACUGGCCAUAAGAAACGACAAUGGUUCGACUAUUGGCCAUCUUUUUAUAGGCAGUGCGACCAGAAAAUGUAUAGUCACAGGAGAUUCCAAAGCAUGCACUGCAUCAGUAAAAGUUUUGUUCCGUGCGACGGGCGACGUGGUGGAAUUAACGAAAGAUAGCGAGUACAUUUAUCGCGGUCGGUGUGAGAGAACUAUAAAACGGUUUGGUUGCCGUGUCAGUUUGCAGGAGCUGGAGGAAGUAUUGCUAUCCCAUGAAUCGGUUGAUCAAUGUGCUGCGUGCGUUAUUGGCGAGGACGUUCGGUUGAUCUUGUUUUUCACUUGCUCCAAGGAAAACGAGUGCAUAGAAACUGCCAUAUGGGAUCACCUUAGACGAACAGUGCCGUCUAAAAAACUACCGGAUGAACUUUAUCGCGUCGAACACAUCCCUUUAUCAUCGCAUGGAAAGGUUAGCAACGACGGCCUACUGCAGCUGUAUGACGAAUUUAAACGACGACAAACCACUAACCACCAAGGGCGUCCUUCUGUGGAAGUCUUCCGCGCAGAAUUGGUUGCAAUUGGAAUUCCGGAUCGAAGUACGCCUGAACGUGAUGAUAGUAAAAGGCGAAAGUUGGGCUCGUUUAUGGAUCAAGGGGGAACUUCGAUCGCUGCCGUACGAUUGCACAGGACGAUGGAAAAAGCACUCGAAGCAGCAUUACCAGAUCUAUUAACGUACCUGUUAGACCCAACUGUGUCAUUGGAAGAAGUGCUUAGAUACUUGGAAUUAAAGCAUAAAAAUAUUUUAGAAAAUCAGAAAAAAGGUUCUCCAACUGUCGAAUUCAAUGAUCUGAUUCACGACAACAACCUAUCCAUAGAGUGCCGCUUUGAUAUGGGCAAAUGUAUCGAUGCCCGCCCGACGGUGACUUUCUGCCAAAGUUUGGGACACAUUUUAAGCAUUGGUAGUCAUUCCGGUUUGUUGCUUACGAUCGACGUUGAAACAAAUGCUACCGUCUCCCGUCUUUCACUGCCGGAUCGCAUUGAGUGUUCGGUAAGCUUUUUCACACUCGACGAUGGGCAAGUUCAUGGUGUUGUGGGAUGUUACGAUGGGAAUCUGUAUUGUUUCCAUCCGCUUAAUGGAACCAUUCUCUGGAAGUACGAUGCAGGUGGGAUGAUCAAAUGUUGUCCUCUAGUAGUGCCGGGAACGAAUACAAUCAUUUUCGGAAGCUACGGAUCGUCGCAUAACUUGCACUGCCUCCUUGGGUCAGAUACCGGAGCUGUAAGAUGGAAGCUAAGGAUUGGUUCAAAGCCAGUAUUUGCAAAACCGAUUCCAUGCAAUAUCGAUGGCGUGGGUUGCGUGUUGAUUGUUACCUUGGAUGGCACGAUUGCUUCGGUACGUGUAGCCCUAGGCACCGUCAUGUGGAGCAGCACGUUUUCACGCAGCGUACCAAUAUUCAGCACACCAGCUUACUUUGCCGAUUUUGGAAAGGUCAUAGCAUGCCGAGUAGAUGGUGCUUUAUCCGUUAUUGACAUCGCUACAGGAGAAGAGACCUCAUCCACCAGACUACCUGGGAAUGUUUUUGCAUCGUUGAAAAUUUUGAACCAAACCACCGCCAAGAUCAGCUUACUCGUGGGAUGUUACGAUCGAUGUGUCCACUGCGUCGAGUAUCUACCCGGGGAGUGUGAUGCCCUGAUACUAAGCUGGAAAGUGGAGUUGCAAUCGCAGAUCUACGCAACGCCUCUCGUCGUCGGUCAAUACCUACUGGUGUGCACCACUUCCGGCUACAUCAAUGUACUCGAUCUGGUCACGGAGUGUAAGGAAGGCGAGGAUAGUCUGAAAAUUGUAUCUACCCUUAAAACGAACGGGGAGUUGUUUGCGAGUCCAGUUGCGCACGGAAGCGCCGUGUUUGUUGGGUGUAGGGAUAACUUUUUGUACAAAAUUCGACUGUAAUUCUAAAAACAAUCUUAUUGGUUAUUCAUUUAAAAUAAAAAUAAAAACAACUCACUUUGA